UUUCAGAAAUGCCUACAGAAAUAGAAAUAUUAAUAAUGUUCAGUUUCAGAAAUGUAUACUUCAAUAAAUGCUUUUUACCGUUUUCAGUACACUUAUAACAGAAGACGUAUCGUUCCAAGUUCCUAACGGCCAACGGAGAGAAGAACGAUAUAGAACAAUUCCAGAAAUGGAUAAACUAGUUUGUGGACCGAAUACUACAUCUAGCAACACGCAUCUCUUUGACUUCGAAAAGAAUUUCGUUCCUAAGCAUCCUCAUAAGUGUGGA